CUUCCGUGUGAUCGGACGUUUUCUUCGGCGCCCCACAGGGGCGACAGACGACAGUAGUGACAGUAUUUAUAUUAUUGCUUGAGUGGGUCCUCUGUCAUCACCAUGGUCGAGCGUCUGGAUGCAGUGCAACCUGUGUAUCCACUUCCGCGCAUCGAGCAGAUUCCAGACGACGAGAUCGAUAGACCUGAGGCAAGCAACCAGAUUACGACAUGCUUCGAUGAGCUUCCUGCUGUUGUCUUCGGUGCAGCUUCGUUUUCUGCAUUUUACAACACGGACAAUCACAUUAGCAGUACGAAGCCCUUCCGGGCAACGAGGCUCGCAUUGAGGUACGGCAUUAACGCUUUCGAUACCUCACCGUACUACGGACCCUCCGAAAUUAUACUGGGGAAUGCAUUGAAAGCACUGGAAAGCGAAUUCCCUCGAUCCUCUUACCAGCUUAUAACGAAAUGUGGCCGCUUUGGAAGCACGCGGGCAGACUUUGACCUCACCUGGGCAGGCGUCCGCGCCAGCGUGGCACGCAGCCUCUCACGACUGUAUACAGACUACCUGGACGUGGUUUAUGUACACGACGUCGAGUUCAUAGCAGACGUUCGUGCACCACGCACAGUAGGGAAUCACCUCUCUGCCCUUGGAAGUGAGAGGGAAGCGUAUGGUCUCAAAGAGCAUCAGGCCGACCAAGUGCUCGGGGAGGGCGAUCAGGAGGUGUUGGGUGCAAUCGCAGCGCUGAGGGAACUCCAGGAAAGAGGGAUCGUGAGGAAAGUGGGAAUUAGCGGAUACCCCCUCCCGACACUCCUUCGUAUUGCCGUCCUGGUCCUCCACACGACAGGUAAACCACUUGACAUCGUGAUGUCAUACAGCCAUCUGAACCUUCAAAACCGGACGUUUGAGGCAUUCAAACCCGCCUUCCUGGAACGUGCCAAACUGAAGCAAGUCGUAUCUGCUUCACCGUUCAGCAUGGGCUUACUAAGUCCGAAACCGCCUGCGUGGCACCCUGCGUCAGAUGAAAUUAAGGUGGCCGUCGCAAAGGCUUUUGCUAUGCAUAACGAACGAAUUGGUGAGGGCAGCAUAAGUCCGACGAUCAGCGAACUUGCGUUGGGGUAUGCGUUCGGACAAGCGUUGAAAGCACAAACUCCAACGGUGAUCGGACUCAGCAGCGUCGAGGAUGUCCACGCAUGCGCUCGCAUUUGGCAACAAGUCCAGUCGGGAAACUUGAAGGCAGGAUGGGAGACACACGUCGAAGCUAUAACGCGCUUCUUCGAAGCAGAAAACGUACUCGACGAGUCUUGGGAAAACCCAUCUUUUUCUUGAAUUCCACGUUUUUGGGUGUGCAAUUGUUGUGGACAUGUAAAAUGGAGGAUGCACAAAUUAUUCUUACAGACACGAGUGUAUUGUAUAAUACAUACACAAGGAAGUGCGACUAGCGACCUUCGACCCGUCCAAAUCACCUCGUUUUGAUAAUACCCGCAUUGACGAGCUUCAUAAUCUUCUCGCGAAUGAUGGGGCUCUUCAUGUGAUCUUGCAAUGCAGCAGGGUUGCCCUGUGCCUGCUGGAGGAUUUGCUGCAUCACAGGAUCUGACAGCAACUUCUGGAUCCCUCAUUGCACGCUCCAGGGUUUGUUCCUCUGUCUCCCCAGCACGCUGGGCAAA